UUGGACCUGUGGUUCUUCUAUCUCAGCACCUUUAACCCGGAGCUGAGUGGGUUAAGGACACAACUGCGGGUUAAAGGCGGGACGUCGGCCAUGCGUAAGGAGGUCAUCAGGAACAAGAUCCGCGCCGUGGGAAAGAUGGCCCGAGUCUUCUCCGUACUCAGAGAACCUGAAUUCCCAUCAGGAGUCUAUCGAGUGGACAUACUAGAACGUGUUGGCAUGAAGCUGGGGUUGUUGCUCGUGCUGGCCGUGGCCGUCGUGGUCCCCAGCAUCUCCGAGAGCCGCGUCGUCAGCAAAUGUGAGGUGAGGGCCCAGCUCAUGGACACCAUCAGGCUGCCCCGGAGGCUGGCCAGAUUCAAGGAGGAGAUUGUGGCCAUAGUGACCUGCGAGGCGCAGAGGAGAUCCCAUUUAAACACCGGCCUGGUCAGGGUUCACGGCAAACGCAAGACCACAACCACAGCCCAGCCCACCAGACCCGCCACCACGGGAACGAAAACAGCCACCGAGGCCGCCACCACCAAAGCUCAGACCCAGGCCCCAACCUCCACAACCACAACCACUACCACCAAAGCUCAGACCCAGGCCCCAACCACCGGAACCACAACCCCAACCACAACCCCAACCCCAACCCCAACCCCAACCACAACUACCACAACCACAACCACUACCCCAACCACAACCACCACAACCACUACCACCCCAGUUGCCGGAGGCCGUAAGAAGCGUAGGGCCUCCUCCUCCAGCGAGACCUCCAUGGAUUCAGAGGAGGUAAUGGAGGAGAUCUUCGCCGACGAGGACCACCAGUUCAACGAGCAGCAGCUGGAGGACGACGACGACCACCUGGACGCCGACGAGACCGGCGAGGAGGACAGCUCUUCCGAGCUGAUGGACGGCAAACGCCACCGGCGCUCCGCCCACCGGCGCCGGUCCCGGAAGAGGGUGCCCUGGUCCCUGGGCCUGUACGGGAUCUUCCAGCUGUCCGACAGCCACUUCUGCAGCUCCGGAUAUCGCUGGUCCCGGAACGUGUGCCGGGCCAAGUGCUCAGACUUCGCCGACGAGGACAUCACCGACGACGUGGCCUGCCUCGUGAGGAGCCAUUACUGGAGAUUCCUCCUGAGGGUGGCCUCUCGUAGCUGUUUACGCUUCAGGAGAAUCUACUUCCAUGGAUGUUAA